AUCUCAAAAGAGUAUAAAUCAGACACUGCUGAGCAGGGUGAGGAAUACAGCAAAGGAGGCGGGAUUAAGCGCCUCUGCCUGGGAAGCCAGACUCAGGGCAGCGAAUUCCCACCAGCGCCAUUACGGAACAUGGGGGCAUGAAGCUAACGAGGCUAACGAGGCUAGCUGUCAGCCGAGGAGAGGAACGUGUGAGGAGACUCUAACGUCGCGACAUGCUCUGACUGAACCUGUCCUCCAGCCUCAGCAGCUAUGUUGACCUCCACCAGCACUGUGCUCAGGUGUGCUGCCAGGCUGCUGCCCCCGAGACACAGCAGUCCAGGAUGUGUUUGGUGCCCGUACAGAAACAUAUCUGUGAAACUAGGAGGUUUAAAACCAAAGACGGUCCCACCCCGGUACCUGGGCCAGCCCAGCCCUUUCACUCAUCCACACCUCAUCAAACAUGGUGAGGUGACCCCGGGCCUGAGCCAAACAGAAUACGAGCUCCGCAGACACAGACUGGCCUCACUUAUCGAGGCCCAGUCGGACAGGCUGGGACCCUCAGCCUCCUCCAGCACCCAUGUGGCCAUCGUGUUGUCCCAUCCAACCCGCUACAUGACCAAUGACAUCCCUUAUCCCUUCCACCAGAACCAGGAUUUCCUCUACCUCAGCGGCAUCCUCGAGCCUGACAGUGCCAUGGUUCUUUAUGGGAAAGGACGACCAGACCAGGCCAUCUUGUUUGUCUCCCGCAGAGACCCGGGGAGAGAGCUGUGGGACGGGCCCCGGUCAGGGAAGGACGGGGCGGCUGCUCUGACCGGCAUAGAGAGAGUCCAUAGCAUAGAGGAACUGGGUGUUGUGCUCAAGAGCCUUAAAGGCACUGUGCUGUGGUACGACAGUUCUCAGCCCGCCCACCCUCAGCUCCACCAGGCUCACGUGGGUCCCGUGUUAGAGGCGGGCCCGGUGCCGCACUCUCUCAGGCCCCUCAUCCACUCUCUAAGGGCCCUCAAGAGCUCAGCAGAGGUGGCGCUCAUGCAAGAAGCAGGUCACAUCACUGCACAGGCUUUUAGGAGGACAAUGGCUCUGUCACAAGGUGACGUGGAUGAGGCUGUGCUAUUUGCUAAGUUUGAUUUUGAGAAUCGUAUCCAUGGCGCCAACUUCCUGGCCUAUCCCCCUGUUGUAGCUGGAGGGAAUCGAGCCAAUACUCUGCACUACAUAAACAACAACCAGAUUAUCAAGGAUGGUGAAAUGGUGCUGCUUGAUGGUGGUUGUGAAUACUUUGGUUACGUCAGUGAUAUCACUCGAACAUGGCCAGUGAAUGGAAAAUUCAGCCCGGCCCAGGCUGAGCUGUACGAGGCCGUCCUGGAGGUCCAGCGCUCCUGUUUGUCUCUGUGCUCCCCGGGCGUCAGUCUGGAUCACAUCUACAGCACCAUGCUGGCUCUGUUGGGCCGACAGCUCCGGCAGCUAGGCAUCGUCAAGUCCAGCACCAGUGAUGCUGAUGUACUAAAGGCUGCACGGCGGUACUGCCCCCACCACGUUGGGCAUUAUCUUGGAAUGGACGUCCACGACACUCCUGAUCUGUCCCGCUCCCAACCUCUACAGCCAGGAAUGGUCAUCACUAUAGAACCAGGGUUGUACAUCAGCCAGGACAAUGACCAGGUGCCAGAGCGUUUCCGCGGCCUGGGCGUCAGGAUUGAGGACGAUGUGGUGAUUCGAGACAAGGGAAGCCCUCUGAUUCUGUCCUGUGACGCACCAAAGACCAUCGCUGACGUAGAGAAGGCCUGUGCCCAGAGAUAGGGCAGGGAGAGACGGACAAGUGAGCCACCACAUCGAUGGCAGACUGAGUGCUGUGCUUCUACAACGGUCUCCAUGGUGAUGAGAUCAACAGGCUCGGGGCCCAGGUGCGUGAAACACUGCAAGACUCUGGUUUUGAGUCUCAGUAAGGCCUCAAAAAUGUUGAAAGAUCAUAGUUCGUUGUCCAACUAAAUGUAUAAUACAUCCUUCUAGUGUUGUGAUGGUGCUAUUAGUGGGUGAAAUCAAACGCUGAACCAUAAUCAAGUAUAUUUUCAGCUGAAGCCCCAGUGUUUGGAUCCAACACCCAUGGAAGCAUUUUCAUUCUUAAAACCUAUUUUCUCCAUGCCAAGUUUUCCAGAAUUGCCACAAUCGUGGCAAACCAGGAUAUAAUUAUUUGUUUUUUGUCUCAUUCCAAAAUGUUUUUUAGGCCAACGUACAAACACUUCAUUUGUUUCUUACACACAGAUCAUCAUUUCUUAGUUCAGAUGCUGAACAUUCACUCACUGAGCUGCAGGAAGGACCAGGGCAUGUCAAAUAAACAGACCAUGUUAGUACACACAAGUGAUGAAUUAAGAUGAACCUGUCUUAAACCGCUGCACCCUGACAAACCUGGAAUAAUUGCAAUUUUUACACCAGCAUAUGGAAAUGGCUUUAAAAGUGUACAAUGAAAAGAGUUUAUGCAUAUAGUUGUGUAUGUGCGUGGGGAUUUUGUCUUUUAGGCAGAGAGAGGAUUGUGAUCUCUUUUUUUUACGAUGCUGUUUGUGUAUUAAAAAGAUCUAAUUCUCUCCUUUUCAUAACAAAUACAUGCAUUUUAUUUCCUUUUUGCUGAAAUAACACAUAGAAACAAGUAAAUUAAUGUAGGCUAGUAGCUGGAGUCUGAUUUUAAGUUUUAAGACAUAAUGGGUGGACUACAAUGCUCAAAGUGCCAAAGGGGAGUCUGAAAAAUUCAACCUUUUAAAAAUGAAAUGACACUGUAACUCAUAGUAUUUGUGGAUAAUUUAACCGACACUACACAGAGGCAAGAAACUGUCUGUAGAUUACUGUGUUCUAAUACCACAGCUACUGAAGAUGCUUGUUUCUGAUUGGCUGGCUCACCACAGCUGGAUCAACCUGCUGUCAUGUUGGUGCUGUUCCUUCACUCUUUGUACAUUAACUACACAUGGCUUCUUAAUUAUGUUUUGCCCAGGGACCAACCAGUACCAUGUUUGCUGUGUGUCAAUUUUAUGGUAAUAUAAUUCAAUGCAAGUUAAUUCAGGAAUUUCCAGAAGUUUAUAUUGUGCUUUAAUGGUGCAUAUCCCCCCACAUAUUUCCAACUAAAUAUCACAAAUCAAUAGAGUCACAGUAAACAUGCAGCAUUUUCGGGCCCUGAGGGUUUAGAUGCUUGGGGCAGCUUGUUGAUAAUCCAGCCAUGGCUCUCACCGACCCUCCAGAAUACAACUGUUUGCAACCAUUUCCAGCAAACAAGAGCAGACAAAUUGACUGUACUGAUACCUGCUCAGCACAAAAUGACUGACAGCCUAAGUAAACAAGUGACUGGUUAAACAAGUUAAGCAUCUAGCAUUACAGACGUUUUGUUUUUUCUCUCAGUAUUAAGCAUACUCAAGCUCAGUGUGGACUAUUAGUAAUAAGUUUGUCCAGGGAGACAGUUACCCAUGAUGCUCUGUGUCUGAUAGGUGAUUUGGUUUUCGUAUACAUUAUCCAUUACAACGUAACUUUGAAUCGAAGAUUUAAUGUAGCUUUUGGGUUUAAUGUCAAAGAAAAGGAACAUUUAAUGUCAGAAUGAAACAAAGUACAAAUCAAUGGGUAAAAGAGGCAUAGAAGUCGCAUAAUUCGUUAUAUAGAGAUCACCUGUGUGCAGUCAAAGGGUUUCAGUUGAUCGUAGUAUUAAUACACCCGGAUCUUUUGGUGAGUCAGGAUAGUGAUAAAACAUUAACCGGGAACGCUCCAAGCAACUCAUCAAAAAGUUGAUUUUAAAGCCCAAGUUGGGAUAGAUAUAAGAACUCUUCUAAGUCACAAAAUAUCUAAAAAUAAUCUGUAUUUGCUGCCAAAUAUCUAUUAAAUACUGACUGGGAAGGUGUUAAAGACGUAUGCAAGCAAGUGUGCGUGAAUACUUUUUAAAGGUACUGGAUGUGUGAACUAUAUGUAAGAGGGGCUCUUAAGUCAAAGUGACAGAUGUUUUUUUUGUAUGUCACACGAUUUGCCAUAUUAGGUGUACUCCAUGAUGUUGAAAUGACUUCCGCUGUGUUAUUAUAAGUUGCUUUGGCACAACCCUUGAAUGAAAAUUACUUUUAUUAACAUGUGAAAUUCUCAAAUGAUUACACUGAUGUUUUAAUGGU